UAAUUCAUAGCAUAACUUGCUUUUCGAAUCAGUAAUCGUCAACCCGUAGAAAAGCGAACACCUUCGAGUCUCCAUAAAUUUUUCGGUAGUGUGUAAAAUUUCAAGUUUUCAAGUGGCAAGUGGAAGUUGCAAGUUUACUAAAGAAAAAAAUAACAGACGCAAUUGAAGAUGUCCUUCACCAAGUCAGAAGAAGUGGGUGAAAACCAGAGCAUGAGUAACGGAUCGUUGGUAAAGAAUGGAUUUUUUAAUUAUUUGCGCGACUUCUGUCAACGCAAUAGUGCCAUGAGCUGGCCGGAAAUCGCAAGGGAAGGUGCCCGGUCCUGGAGACACCUAAGCGAAGAGGAAAAGAGUCACUACCAAAUCAUGUCCAGCACCGACACGGCCAUCGUUGCCAUGCAUAUGGACAAUGAGAUGUGCAACCAUCCAAUGGGCAGAAUGGGCGGCGGCAUGAAGGAAGGCAAAUCUUGCGCCAAGCCCUCAACGGCCCGUGCUAGGCAAAAGAAGUCCUGUUCCAUGCAGCGAAGAAAGAUGGCCUGUGGCAAGCCCAAAAUAAGGGCGGUCUGUUUCAAGCCCAGAAAGGCGGCCUGUGCUAAGCCCAGGAAGUCGGCUUGUGCCAAGCCCAGAAAGGCGGCCUGUUCUAAGCCCAGGAAGUCGGCUUGUGCCAGGCCAAGAAAGUCGGAAUGCGAGAGCAAUUGCACCAAGCCGGGUCCAGUCACCAACAACGGGUAUCUGAACUUUGUGCGUGAGUUCCGCAAAAGGAACUGUGACCUCAAGCCCCAGGAACUGAUCGCGAAGGCCGCCCGAGCUUGGCAGAAUUUAUCCGAGGAGAAUAAGAAUCGCUAUCGCCGCAUGGCCUGCAGGGUGACUACCAGUUCGCGUCAUAAGCGUCGCCGUGUUUGCAAGAUCCGCUGAAAUUCCCUCGAUCGAUCGAGUCAUGCCAUAAAAUCCAUGGAAGUCCACGUAUCCUGUUUGAUAAGUUGAUCAUGCGACUUCUGUCUGUAACUAGAAAUAAUUUUUAGAAACAUAAUAUUUCGAUAAUAAAUGCGCGAUAGAGAGACGAAC